AUGGCUUCUCGCUUAUGGAUUGUAACGUUCGUGGUUUUCGCGUCCUUGACAACAGUCUGCAGAAGAGUCGAGUCCGCAUAUGAGGCCGAUAGGAUCGUGAAGCUACCAGGGCAGCCAGAGGUUAGCUUCCAACAGUAUGCAGGGUACGUAACCGUCGAUGAAACCCAGCAGAGGGAACUGUUCUACUACUUUGUUGAAGCUGAGACCAACUCCACUUCCAAGCCUCUUGUUCUCUGGCUCAAUGGAGGACCUGGCUGCUCUUCUAUCGGAGAUGGAGCUUUCUCCGAACAUGGCCCGUUCAAGCCUAAUGCAGCAGGGAUUCCAGUCCACAAUGACUAUAGCUGGAACAAAGAAGCAAACAUGCUAUACUUGGAAUCCCCAGCAGGAGUUGGAUUCUCAUAUUCUGCCAACACCUCUUUCUAUGAAUUAGUAAAUGACACCAUCACAGCGAGAGACAACUUGGCCUUCUUACAACAAUGGCUAAUCAAGUUUCCUGAAUACAGGAACAGGGAUCUUUAUCUCACCGGAGAAAGCUAUGCCGGACACUAUGUUCCACAGCUAGCACAGCUAAUCGUGGAGUCGAGAUCAAAUCUCAGCUUGAAAGCCAUAGCGAUAGGAAACCCAUUGUUGGAGUUCAACACAGAUUUCAACGGUCAGGGAGAGUACUACUGGUCUCAUGGCUUGAUAUCCGACGAAACGUAUCACCUUGUUAACACAAUCUGCAACACAUCCCAGAUCAGGAGACAGGCUGCGGAUGGCAUUCUUUCUGAGCAGUGUGAACUGGUUGCAAAUCAACUUGCUGCAGAAAUUCCUACAAGGAACUUUGAUAUUUAUGAUGUUACUUCUGAUGUUUGCAUAUCAGACAGUGAUUCCCAGGAAGAGCACUCUUCAUUAGCAGCCAGUUUCCAUCCAUUUUCAUCGCUCAAAUCCAACCAAGGCUCUCUCAGAAAGCUGGAAGCCGGAGAGUCCAUAGACCUCUGUAUAGAAGAUGAGACACACACUUACCUGAACAGGAAAGAUGUCCAACAAGCUAUGCAUGCCAAGCUUGUAGGCAUCCCCGGCUGGAAGGACUGCAGCAGUGUCAUGAAUUAUGAUCAUAACAACUUGGAGAUUCCGACAGUUGGAAUCUUAGGCUCAUUGGUGGGAUCGGGGGUUCGAGUACUAGUCUACAGCGGGGAUCAAGAUUCGAUUCUCCCAUUCAUGGGGACAAGGAUUCUGGUGAAUCGUUUGGCUACAGAGAUGCGACUGAAUACAACCGUACCUUACAAAGCAUGGUUUGAUUAUGACAAACAGGUCACGGUCGCGCACAUAUCGACCUCUGUUUCCUCCAUUUCCAAAGAUGAUGUCGGCAAAUGGCGAGGAUGCCGAUUGAUGAGGACUGGCGAGGCCAACGACCCUGAAGGACGCUGGAUGACGAGGUCACUGGGUCUUCUAUGGAUUGGUCGCUGGCUCCACCUAAAUCUUGCAGCUUUUAAUGCACUUUGCUUAACUGUUGAAUCUGCAUACGAAAGUGACAGGAUUGUAAAGUUACCAGGGCAGCCAAAGGUUAGUUUCCAGCAGUACGCAGGGUAUGUAACUGUUGAUGAAAUUCAAGGAAGGAAACUUUUCUACUACUUUGUUGAAGCUGAGACAAACUCCACUUCCAAGCCUCUUGUACUGUGGUUUAAUGGAGGACCUGGCUGUUCGUCUGUUGGAAUUGGAGCUUUCUCUGAACAUGGCCCUUUCAAGCCAAAUUCAGCAGGGAUUCUGGUCAAUAAUGCAUAUAGUUGGAACAAAGAAGCAAAUAUGCUAUACCUGGAAGCGCCAGCAGGAGUUGGAUUCUCGUAUUCUGCCAACGAAUCUUUCUAUGGCUCGGUAAAUGACACCAUAACAGGUCAUUAUAUCCCACAACUAGCACAGUUAAUUGUUGAGUCGGGAUCAAAUCUCAGCUUGAAAGGCAUCGCUAUAGGAAACCCAUUGUUGGAGUUCAACACAGAUAUCAAUGGGGAAGGAGAUUACUACUGGUCGCAUGGCUUGAUAUCAGAUGAAACCUAUCACCUUAUCAACACAAUCUGCAACACCUCCCAGCUCCAGAGACAGACUGAUUCCAGGUCUCUUACUGAGGCAUGUCAAACCGUUGCAACUCGACUUGGUGCAGAAGUUCCAAGAGGCUACAUCAAUAAGUAUGAUGUCACUUCUGAUGUUUGCUUAUCAGAUGUUGAAUCACAAUUCGGUUCCCAGAAACUGGCUUUGGCUGCCAGUUUCCAUCCAGUUUCGUCUCUCAAAUCCAAUAAUCAAGGUGUUCUUACAAAGACGACACAUGGUGAGUCCAUAGACCUUUGUGUACAAGAUAAGACAUACACCUAUUUGAACAGGAAAGAUGUCCAACAAGCUAUGCAUGCCAAGCUUGUACACGUCCCCAGCUGGGGCAUCUGCAGCAUUGAGGUGGGCUAUGACUUGGACAAUUUGGAGAUUCCAACAAUUGGCCUCGUUGGUGGGUUGGUGGGUUCAGGAAUUCGAGUACUAGUCUACAGUGGUGAUCAAGAUUCCGUGAUCCCAUCCACUGGGACGAGGACUCUGGUGGAUCAAUUAGCAAAAGGGAUGAGACUAAACACAACAGUGGAAUACAAGCCAUGGUUUGAUUAUGACAAACAGGUUGGUGGAUGGACACAAGUUUAUGGGGAGAACAAUAAGUUAUCAUUUGCAACCAUCAGAGGAGCCUCUCACAUGGCUCCAUUCUCCUCUCCCAAGAGCCUGUUUUGGCCCAACGUCCUGGGCCCGGUCCAGUUCCGCAAUUACGAUAGCACUUGAAUUGUUGAGUCAUCAUACGAGGCUGAUAAGAUUGUGAAGUUGCCUGGCCAGCCAGAGGUUAGCUUCCAGCAGUAUUCGGGUUAUGUUAUUGUGGAUGAAACCCAACAGAGGAAACUCUUCUACUACUUUGUUGAAGCUGAGACAAACUUUACUUCCAAGCCUCUUGUUCUCUGGCUAAAUGGUGGGCCAGGGUGUUCCUCUAUUGGAGCUGGAGCUUUCACCGAACACGGCCCUUUCAAGACAAAUGGUUCAGAGGCGCUCCUGAAAAAUAACUACAGUUGGAACAAAGAAGCAAACAUGUUGUACCUGGAAUCGCCAGCAGGAGUUGGAUUCUCGUAUUCUGGCAAUACCUCUUUCUAUAAAUUAGUAAAUGACACCAUCACAGCAAAAGACAACUUGGCAUUCCUACAACAAUGGCUAAUCAAGUUUCCUGAAUACAAGGACAGAGAUCUUUAUCUCACCGGAGAAAGCUAUGCCGGACACUAUGUCCCACAACUAGCCCAGCUAAUUGUGGAGUCGCGAUCAAAUCUCAGCUUGAAGUUGAAGGGCAUAGCAAUAGGGAACCCAUUGUUGGAUUUCAACACAGAUUUCAACGGCGUAGAAAAGUACUUCUGGUCUCACGGUUUGAUAUCAGAUCACACCUAUCACCUUCUCAACAAAAUGUGCAACAGCUCCCAGCUCAGAAGACAGGCUGCUUCAGGCUCUCUUUCUGAGCCCUGUAAAAUGGUUGCAACUCAACUUAGUGCAGAGAUGCCUAGCCAGAACUUCAACAGAUAUGACAUCACUUCAGAUGUUUGUUUGGCAGACAAUGAUGGGUCAUCAUCCAAACUGUCCUUGGAAGCAACUUUCCACCCAUUUGCAUCCCUCAAGUCCAGCCAAAGUACCAGCAGAAAUCCGUCAAUGCAGAAAGUUGGAGAGUCGGCCAUAGACCUUUGUGCAGAAGGUGAAAUCGACAAGUACUUGAACAGGAAAGAUGUUCAAAAUGCUAUGCAUGCCCAGCUUGUAGGCAUCCCCACCUGGAGAAGCUGCAGCUAUGUGAUCAAUUAUGACCGAAACAAUUUGGAGAAUCCAACAAUUGGAGUGGUGGGCUCAUUAGUGCGUUCAGGAAUCCAGGUACUAGUUUACAGCGGGGAUCAAGAUUCGGUGCUGCCAUUCAUUGGGACAAGAACUUUGGUGAAUCGUCUGGCCAAAAGGAUUGGUUUGAACACAACUGUGUCAUACAGGCCAUGGUUUGAUGCUGAAAAGCAGGUGGGUGGAUGGACCCAAGUCUAUGGUGGGAAUAAGCUUGCAUUUGCAACUAUAAGAGGAGCUUCUCACCUGGCCCCGUUCUCAUCACCAAAGAGAUCCCUCUCAUUGUUUGCUACCUUUUUAACUGGGAAACCAUUGGCAACUUAAGAUCUCUCAACUGGGUCAUGGAACAUUGCAGCCUUUGACAAACUGUUUUCAACUGUGAUUUCUGAUUUCUCCGAGUUGUAAUUAUUUCGAUCAUUCUUUUAUCUUUCGAGGAGUGCAAGUUUCGUUCUAAGGGUAUACAAAAAGAUUCCGCAUAUCCAAUUGUCUCCAGAGUAAAGAACAGCAGUUACAACAAGGAAGUUGAUGCUCUCUCAUAACAGGAGAACCAUCUGCAUUACUCUCGUUGGCUAUAUUUUGGAUGACAAGCUUUCUGUUAAGCAUUAUAAAACUGAGCUGGAAGUCGUGGGGUAAGGACGACCUGCAAUGGAUUGGUCUUAGAAAGGAUGAUUCCCAAGUCUUCAGUCAUAUCCACAGGCUUAUCUCCAGGGGUACUCCAAUGGAACCCUUGCAAUAGUCUCGCCAAGGUCAGCUGUGUAGCCUGCAUCCCGAAAUUGAUCCCCGGGCAUCCUCGUCGGCCCGACCCAAAUGGGAGAUACUCGAACUGAUGUCCGAAUAUUUCGAUAUCGGCAUUGCUCGUCAGGAAUCUUUCCGGCUUGUACUCGUUCGGGUCGGACCAGACGUUUGGAUCCCUGUGCAGCUUCCAGAAGUUCGCAAAGAACUGAGUGCCCUUCGGCACGUGAUACCCUUUGAUCGUGAUGUCCUCUGAUGCUAUCCGAGGCAAUGAAAGUGCACCCGGCGGAUACAUUCGCAAUGUCUCUUUGAUCACAGCUUUUAAGUAUGGCAAGUUGUCAAUGUCGGAAUCGUCCACCCAUCGAUCUCUCCCUACUGUGUUGUCGAGCUCUUCCUGAGCUAAAUGCAACGCUCGCUUGUAGUUCAACAAGUUCGAUAGGCUCCACGUCAGCGUAAUCGCAGUCGUAUCAGAGCCCCCAAAGAUUAAAGCAUGAGCAAUGGCCUUGACGAUGGUCUCGCGCUUGUGACCAAAGGCAACUUCAUCUUUAAUUUCGGAGAGCAUAACGUCGAUGAGAUCGCGAUUACUUUCGUCGCCGUCGUUGACAACCUGUUUCUCCUUGUGCUCGUCGAUCCAGCUCUGCAUGACAACAUCCAGCUCCUUGAACAGCCGUUUCAUCGCCUUCUCGGCUCCCCGGGGCAAGACCCACCGGAGAAUCGGAAUCAAAUCGGAAGGAACCGGAGUACCCAUGACCAGCAUAAAUUCCCUAAUCAUUUCACUGAUUGGCCGCCCGCCACUAAAAUUGGAGACAGAAUGUUGCUCCUCGUAAUUGGACUUGUCGAAGUACCUCUUCCCGGCGAUAAUCCGAGUCAUUAUGUUGAUGACGCAGCUGUGGAUCCCCUCGCUCACCGAAAUCACUGUCUUCCCGCCGCCGCCGGCCUUGCUCUGUUGGUAGAGGUCGUGAAUUAGGGAAUCUAUCUCCGAGAUCUGGACGCGGCGGAGGGCCUUGAUUCGGUUGGCGGAGAGGACCUCGGAGAUGAGAAUCUUCUUGAUGUAGCGGAAGUAGUCGCCGUAGGAGGCGAAUCCGAAGAGGGCGUAGUUGUAGCCGAGGAUUUGGGCCUGGGUGGAAUCGGGCCGGAAUGCGAGGGCCCGGUCGUUGGCGGUAAAGCAUUCCUUGACGGCGUCAUAGUCGCUGACCACCGCCGUCAAGUUGUUGGCUCCGAGGCGGAUGGUGAAGACGGGUCCGUAUUUGUCGGAGAAGGAAGCCAGCUUCCGCGCCAGGGGCUGCUUCCCGCCGAGGAGGUGGAGGUGGCCCAACAAGGGCAGGGCGCCGGGGAUCUCCGGGAGGAAUUUGUGGCUGGGUUGUCGUCUUUGCCUUUUUCCGAACCACCGUAGGUGGAGGAAUACGGCGAUCGCUAUGGCGACGAGGAUUUCCGGGAGGUGUAACGAAGUCGCAUCCAUGGCUGCUUCUGGUUGGUGG